UUUAAGAGCAGCGCGAAAAGUCUGUGGUAGGACUGGGACUGUUGCGUGGGGCUGCAUGGCUGGUUCUGGGACGCUGAGCGCUUUCCGUCUCCCGCCGUUGCCCACGAUUCGAGAAAUCAUUAAGUUAUUCAGGCUGCAAGCAGCGAAGCAGCUAUCCCAGAAUUUUCUCCUGGACUUGAGGCUGACAGAUAAAAUUGUAAGGAAAGCUGGGAAUCUUACAGAUGCUUAUGUGUAUGAAGUGGGCCCUGGGCCAGGGGGAAUCACAAGAUCCAUUCUUAAUGCCAAUGUUGCUGAACUUUUGGUGGUUGAAAAGGAUAGUCGAUUUAUUCCUGGAUUACAGAUGCUUUCUGAUGCAGCGCCCGGAAAACUGAGAAUUGUCCACGGAGAUGUGUUGACAUUUAAGAUUGAAAGGGCUUUUCCAGAAAGUCUUAAAAGACAGUGGGAGGAUGAUCCUCCAAAUGUACACAUUAUUGGAAAUCUGCCUUUUAAUGUAUCAACUCCGCUGAUUAUCAAGUGGCUUGAAAAUGUUUCUUGUAGAGAUGGACCUUUCAUUUAUGGCAGAACCCAGAUGAUGUUGACUUUUCAAAAGGAAGUGGCAGAGAGACUGACAGCCAAUACAGGAAGCAAACAGCGUAGUCGCCUUUCUGUUAUGGCGCAGUACCUCUGCAGUGUUCAGCACAUCUUGACAAUUCCGGGUCAGGCUUUUGUCCCUAAACCAGAGGUGGACGUGGGCGUGGUGCACUUCACCCCCCUGGUGCGGCCCAGGAUCGAGCAGCCCUUCAAGCUGGUGGAGAAGGUCGUUCAGAAUGCAUUUCAGUUCCGGAGGAAGUUCUGCUACCGAGGGCUUGGAAUGUUAUUCCCUGAGGUUGAGCGCGUGGAAAGCACUGGAAAACUGUUAGAGUUGGCAGAUGUGGACCCUACCCUUCGACCCACCCAGCUCUCGGUUUCACAUUUUAAGAGCCUGUGUGACGUUUACCGAAAAAUGUGUGAUGAAGACCCACUCCUCUUUGCUUAUAAUUUCAGAGAAGAACUCAAACAGAAUAAAAGCAAAAAUCAGGAAAAAGAGGAUGACAAGGAGAAACACAGACUCUAACAGCAAACCAAAUGUUGCUUUCCACAGUGUUGAGCUGCUCAGGUGUGUACUCUGUUGUCGUCUACAGAAGGACAAUAAAAAUGGGAUUACCAGAUGUGACUUCCUUCCCUUUUACUGUACAGCUUGGUAGAGAAAAUAAAUAUAAUCAAAUAAGAUACAGUACAAGCUCUCUUUUAAUAUAUAUACUGCAUAGAUAUGACAUGUUCAGUAUAAACAGCAUCUGUUACAACCUUACAAAAAUGAAAUAUCUGCACAUUGUGCUCCUCACCCCCAUUUAAAUAAAUAUGCUUUAAAUAAAGCAAAAACUAACAGCUCAAAGGAAAUGCCUGGAGGAUUGGAAAAAAACAAUGACCUUUUAAAAACUAUUAAUCACAACUCCCCCAUCUGACUUUUUCCACAUAAGUUAAAAUAGAUUGCAAUUUUAAGGAUCCUAAGUCAUUUUGAUACCUGCUCAAAAGGGAUAUAAACUAAGUAAUUUACAGAUUCUUACAGAUUCUGAUCAGUUUAAUCUAGUUUUCUGAUCUACAAUAAAUUAAAAUAACUUAAAUCUUUACAACUAUUUUGUGGGAAAAUGUAUGCUGCACAAAACCCAAUAAUGAGUAGUUUUCUUGCAGUUUCCACUUGGCCACCAGUUUAAAAGUGAAAGAAGCAGCGGAGCCCACGUCUGGCCGGAGAC